AUGUUGUUAUUACCAUGUUUAUGUCCAUGCCCAUCAUCUCCGAUUUCGAUUUCAUCGUCGUCUUCUCAGAGAAACAAUCUUUUCAAGAAACCAAUCUGUAGAACUCUGCGAAUCAGUUGUUUAUCUUCUUCUACUGUAACUGACCAAACACAGCAAUCUUCUUUCAACGAUGCUGAGAUGAAACUUAUUGAUGCUUUGAUUGGAAUUCAAGGUCGUGGCAAAUCUGCUUCUCCUAGACAGCUCAAUGAUGUGGAAUCUGCAGUGAAAGUUCUUGAAGGUUUAGAGGGCAUUUCGAAUCCUACAGAUUCUGAGUUAAUCGAAGGUCGUUGGCGAUUAAUGUUCACUACAAGACCUGGAACUGCAUCUCCGAUUCAGAGAACAUUUACAGGAGUAGAUGUGUUCACUGUGUUUCAAGAUGUAUACUUGAAGACAACAAACGAUCCUCGUGUUUCGAACAUUGUUAAAUUCUCUGACAUUAUCGGAGAGCUGAAAGUUGAGGCGGCUGCGUCGAUCAAAGAUGGAAAACGGGUUUUAUUUCGUUUCGAUAGAGCAGCUUUCGCUUUAAAGUUCCUUCCUUUUAAAGUUCCAUAUCCAGUUCCUUUUAGACUUCUUGGUGAUGAGGCAAAAGGUUGGUUAGAUACUACGUAUCUGUCGCCUUCCGGAAACCUUAGGAUUUCAAGGGGAAACAAGGGAACAACGUUUGUUCUUCAAAAAGAAACCGUGCCUAGGCAGAAAUUGUUAGCAACCAUAUCUCAAGACAAAGGAGUAGCAGAGGCUAUCGAUGAGUUUCUUGCGUCUAAUACUGACGAUGAUUACGAGCUUUUAGAGGGAAGCUGGCAAAUGAUUUGGAGUUCACAGAUGUAUACAGAUAGUUGGUUAGAAAAUGCAGCAAAUGGUCUUAUGGGAAGACAGAUCAUCGAGAAAGAUGGAAGGAUAAAGUUUGAAGUGAACAUCAUUCCGGCAUUUAGAUUCUCCAUGAAAGGCAAAUUCUUGAAAUCAGGAAGCAGUACCUAUGAAUUGAAGAUGGACGACGCAGCAAUUAUAGGCGGUCCAUUUGGAUAUCCGAUCGAAUUAACAAACAAUAUCGAGCUUCAAAUUCUCUACACGGAUGAGAAGAUGAGAAUAAGUCGAGGAUUCGAUAACAUUAUCUUCGUGCACAUCCGAGAAAUCUAG